AUGGUUAAUCCAUCUUAUCCUUAUAUGUUAUUUGAUUGUUCAUUACAAUUCCAUCCAUUACGUGGAAGUUCCAUUGACAUUCAUCCAAAUGCUCGAUGGCAACAGAAUGGUAUCACUGUAGCUGGAGGAAAUCGACAAGGCAAUGGAAUCAAUCAACUCUCAUUCCCAUAUGGUUUGUAUGUUGAUGAUGAUCAAAUAAUCUAUGUUGCUGAUGAAUCGAAUCACCGUAUUGUGGAAUGGAAAUGGGGUGCAACGAGUGGCCAAGUGGUUGCAGGUGGAAAUGGAAAAGGAAGUGGAGAUCAUCAAUUGUCUUACCCACUAGAUGUGAUUGUCGACAAAGAGAGAGAUAGUCUCAUCAUCUCCGAUUGGUGGAACAGAAGAGUGGUUCGAUGGCUUCGUCAAAAUGGAACAAGUGGAGAAACAAUCAUCUCCAAGAUCGUUUGUAGGGGUUUGGCAAUGGAUGAGAAUGGAUUACUCUAUGUCGCUGACGCUGAAAAUGAUGAAGUGAGACGAUAUCGAAGAGGAGAAUCUCAAGGAAUAGUGGUUGCAGGUGGCAAUGGAAGAGGAAAUCGUCGCGAUCAACUCAAUGAGUCACAAUACGUAUUCGUCGAUCGAGAUCAUUCAGUAUAUGUGUCUGAUUGGCGAAAUAAUCGUGUGAUGAAAUGGAGGGAAGGUGCAAAACAAGGCAUUGUUGUGGCUGGUGGUCAAGGAUAUGGAAAUGGUCUUACACAAUUCUCAGAUCCUCAAGGAGUCGUUGUCGAUCAAUUGGGCACUGUCUAUGUGGCUGAUGCAGGGAAUGAUCGAAUCAUGCGUUGGUCCAAAGAAGCCACACAGGGAAGUGUCAUUGUUGGUGGAAACGGUCAAGGAAAACAAUCGAACCAACUCAAUGUGCCCAUCGGUUUGUCAUUCGAUCGAGACGGCAAUCUCUAUGUCGUCGAUGCGGGAAAUGAUCGAGUACAAAAAUUCAAUAUCGAAUCCAAUAGGUAAAGGACUCCGAAAUCAAAAAAAAUUCUUUUAUAUUGUCAACAUCACAGUCAUCCUACAGAAAGAAGUGACGCCGUAAUUCUUGAAAUCCUUUUCGAAAAUUAUAAUAAAAUGUACUCUAAUUAUAAACAAAAUACAUGUAUCUGACCAAACCCAGUAUGAUCCCACGCCGUUUCUAUGCAAGGAUUUCGAAACCUUGGAAACCUUGAAAAAUUUCGAUAUAUCCUAUUCAUUAAAAAUAACUCAAAAUCAUUAAGAAACUUCAUAUUUAGAUGUUUCUGAGAUUGCCUCACACUGUUCAACAUCUAGAAAAUCGUAGGUUCUGUGGAAAUCCUUGUUUCUCGCAUUGAAAUCACCACUUCCAAAAUGCAUAAGAAACCUUCGAAUUCUGGACAUGGUUGCUUCGAAAACAGUCUCCAACACCGAAAAUGCCAAGGAAUUCUUAAUUUUCUUGAAAAUUCUAGUAAUAUUUACAUACUAUGUCAUAAACGACAUAUCAUCUGACUAAACCCAGUAUCAUUCCAGGCUGUUUCUAUGCAAGGAUUUCGAAAGCUUGGAAACCUUGAAAAAUUUCGAUAUAUCCCAUUGACUGAAAAUGAAUCAAAGUGAACAAGGAACUUGGUUUUUUUCAGGUUUCUGGUGAUCUCUAGAACACGCCAACAUCUGUUAAAACAAUAGUUCUCUGGAAAUCCUUGAUUUUAACAUUAAUGUUACCCGAACAAAAUGCAAUUCAAUCCUUCAAAUUCUUGAAAUCCUGGUUUUCCUUUGGUUUCCGACAACUUCUGACUGUUCAAAGCACUAGACAAUCCUUGGAAUUCUUAGCUUCCCUGCAGUUCAACACUGUACCAAGUACGAAGGAACUCUUAGUAUCCAUAGAUCCCUCAAUUACUUACCUUUCGGAGCAAGCUAAAAUGUCCCAAAUAAAAGAGAAUCCUUGAAAUGCUUGGAUUCCUUAGUUCGGAUAUCAUGUUAGCAUUAAAUUAAAAAUAAGGCUAGAACUUCUCCAUUGCCAUUAUCAGUCAACGCUAGUCCUUUAGCAUUCGUGCUAUCAGAGUUUAAUUAAUGCGGAGAUAUUAACAUUAACUUCGUAUUAUUUUAAUUCAACAAUUGGUCGCCUCUAAAGUUUGUAGACAUCAACAGAAUAAAUUGGCAGUGCAUUGCAGGUGCCUCAGAAAACAACUGGAUUGCUAGAAACCUUAUCUGGAAUCAUCCCGGCAUAUCCUGUGAUCCAUCUGGCAGGUGUGGGUGUGGGUGUGAAGAUAAGAGCCACACUCACACCCGCACCCACACCCUCUUGUUAACGAAGAGUAUCGAUUUGGGUCUGGAAUAAGGGUGCAACAAAUCUAGAAUACAUUUAAGAUUUAUGAUCGAUGACCUUGGAAUUUGGUUUGGAUUUGAAGCAUGGAUUUGCUUUUCGACCAAAUCCACACAAACAAUUUGCAAUUUAGCGACCAUUAUCAAAAGGCAAACUAUUUAUAUUAUUUUUGUCCAAUACAAAAUCCAAAUAGGAAGGAUUACGUGCCAAAUUACAAAAUCUUUUCCUUGUUGUGCUGCUUCUCUAGUAAAGUUGAUUAUUGUUGUGUUACCUUAUGUUACCAAAUCCUUUGAGAUGCCAGUCAUUUGAAACCAAAUCCAAAUUCAUACCCAAACAGAAUUCAAAUCUUGUCUCAAAACCAAACCAAAUAAUAUCAAAUCCCAGAACUUAAGAUUUGCUACACUCUUAGUCUGAAGUGUUUCGGGAUGAAUGUCGACGUGCGGAUCGGAUCUAAGUGUGGCUGUAGAUAUGGGCGUGGGCUGUAUCUGGUGUGUUGCUGUUUAGUUUUGAGCAUGCAUGUGAAUGAGAGCUAGGUCUUUAUUGCACCCACACCCUCAUAUGAUAUUUGUUAAAAAAUUUUGUGAAAAAAAAUUGUUGCUACUUUAAUUUUUCGUCUUUCUUUACCCGUUUCUAUUCAUCUGUUAGAGAGCACUCUAACAACAUUCAUUAUUAUUCAUUAUAUUUUACUCUCAGGAUUGCCAGAUCCUCCGAAUUAUUCGGAAAAUUCCGAAUUUUGGCCCUUUUUUCUAAACGCUUUCCGACUUUGGAGGGAGUGGGUGUGUAUGUGGGUGUAUUUAUAAAACUGAAUUCUUCUUCAAGAUUUGUUGCUCUUUACAAAGGACUUUCGAUCAAUUUUCUGAAAUAUUCUUUCGAACUGACCGAAGUAGAUCUUGAAAAACAUACGAUGCGCGCUAUGAGUAGUCGAAAGAUAGAAAUAGAAGAUUUUUACUUGUUCUGUACAAAUAUCGAGCCCUCAAAAUCCAUGGAACUUUCGGUCACACAAAAAGGACAAAUCUAUAGAAAAAAAAAACUUUUUAUGGCUCAAUAUAAUUUCAAGCGUUCAGAACUCAUCGAAAUUUUAUAAAUUCGCUGAAACGAAGCCUAUCGAAAAACUGGCUUUGACUGCUCGAUAUAAUUUUGAAUACACAAAACUUCUGAAAAGUCUACCUUUUGAGAGAUUCUUUGUUGCUAUUCAUUGGUAUUACUGAAGUUAUUUAUGUUAGAUAUACUUUCAUGUUUAUUUUAGGAAAAUAUUCGUCAUUUACUAAUUGAAAUCAUGACAGAAAUCAACUCGCAUUCCUGAUUAAGACAUAAUAAUAUAGAAUUUUUAGUUCAUUAUUAAACAAGUUCUUGCAGUAAAAUUUUGGAUUUUAAAAAGCUUUUAAACUAAUUAAAACUGUUUUAAAAUGUUACUUUAUUGUGUAAAAAAAUAAUUUCCUAAUUAAGAAAGAAUAUUUUAAAAAACAAAAACGAUUAUCUGAGUAUUUUCUAAUAUAGAUGGAAUGAUGAUUUUCAUAGAAGAAGAAUAGUACAUACUAAGUUUAGAUACUCGAUGGAAGUUCAUUAAUUGUAAAUACUCAUGUCUGAAUAUUGUUCUUUCUCACUUACUUGAUGAAUAUUGACAGCUCGGAGAUGAAACAUCUAGCUGACAAUUUUUUUUUUACAUUCGAAAAUUUCGAUAUCCUCGAAGUUUCUUGAGGUAGGUCCUUCGAUGGGUAUCGGCGCUUCAGAUCGCAUCUUCUGAAAGCCACUUGACGAAGAGUAGAGAGCUCGACAAGAAAUGGAAUCUUUUCAUUUCUAUGGAUCCAUCAGAGAUUCAGAUCAACGCCUUGAAAAGCUCAUUACAAAUGAAAUUUUUUCAAGUUUCGAUACUUAUCAUUCUUAAAGAGUCAUAUUGAUUGAAAUUUCAAUAAUAUCCUAAUGAAUUACAUAGGUUAUCAUCAUUUUUAGUGUCUCAUCAAAAAUUAUUUUCAGACAAAUCUAACUGAUUAUUUCCUAUUUUUCAUAUUUAGUGUAGAAAAAAAAACAUCUGUUUAUUGGAUAAAAUAAUAGUCGGCAUUUUAAGAAAUUUUUUUAAUGAAAAUUGAAGCAACAUUCAUUAGAAUCUUGUUGAUACAUUGAGUAACAUAAAAGAAUAAUGUUGAUACUAUGUUUCAGUGGGUAUAUACACGCAUCAAUUCAAUGUGAUAACAUAUUCACAAUGCACAGAAAAAUAUAUUCUGUUACAGUUAUCGUUUAAAAUAAAUUAGGAAUGAAUUGCAUUAGUAUCAAGUUUAGGAAAUUUUCUUCGAAAUAGAGUACGAUGGGGUAAAAAGGCACACGAUUUUGAAAUUUUGACUUUCGAAGCUUAUAUCUCUUUUAAUUUUGAAGAUACAAAAAAACAUGCGGUACAAACAUUGUAGAAAAAACAUUUUUCUAUCGAUCUGUGUUUUUCGUUUUCAAAAAUCUCAUCGGGUUACGUUUCCACGCUAGUUUUCGUGCGACCUACUCGUCACGGUGCCGUAUUACCCCAUUUGGGGUAAAAUUGCACUUAAUGUAUAUGUGCGGGGUAAUUAGGCACUUCUUACAAAUUUCAAUGUAUUUUUGUAUUACGACUAAAAUCUAAGUUUUGAAGUCAUUUCUUGACGGAUUUUGUUCGGACUUGUGUCAUUCGAUAGAGGAAACAUUCCCGUACAACUUUAUACAAAUUUCAUCUUUAGAGUUUUAUUUCUUUCCGU